AUGAACUUCGCCAACGACAUGGCUCCUGAGCCAACAACAUUCAGCCUCCACCGACGAGCAAGAUCAAAAGAUGAGUUGGUCAUAUCGAUCGCACCUGACGCCGUUUGCGGAUACAUCUCGGAGCGACCUGGUGCUCAAAGAGCUUGCCCGGCAGAUGACCACUGCUACUUUAUGAAGUUGCCGUUGACUGGACAGAUUGCAUGUUGCGACAACUUGACUUGUCAUUACAAUGCUAAUUGCAUAAACUCGAAAGAGUACUUUCAGUCGAGUAAAUGUAGCGACGGCUGUGAAGUAGAUACCUUCACUCUGAAAUGCACCAAUUCUAGCGCUCCCUACUGCAAUACAGUGGCAUGGGAAGGAAAUAUCACCGACUAUUGGUGCAACGACAUUGACAUCACGACCGUACAAAGCGCUGCUCUUACCUACAAAGGCCAAGUAGAUCUUCCGGAGUUUUCUACACUAAAUCAGGAAGAUUUGAGUUCUCUGGAAUCACAAAUGAGCAAAGCAAAGACAGCAGGCACCGCUUAUGGAGUCCCAGAGCAAACAUCAGAGCAAACAUCGGGGUCGACUGCCAUUGAGACCAGCGCUGAUGAUGGUGGUAGUUCAGAGACACCAGUGGCCGCAAUAGUAGGGGGCACAGUCAGUGGUGUCGCUGUGCUUGCUGCAACAGGGUUGGGACUAUUCUUCUUCCUCCGUCGCAGCAAGAAGAAGAAGCAGAGCAAAGCUGCAAGUGCGCCGGGGUACCAGCAAUCACCUGAGAACAAGUCUCCUUGGUCUCCUGGACAGCAAUCAGGUGCGCCUUAUUAUUAUGACCCAACCAACCCCCAGAGCAAUAUCAGCCCCGACUCGCAGUACGUGUAUCCUCAAGCUGCUGGGUUUUCGCCUCAGCAGAAUGUUGUUCAUGAAGCUGGUGGUGAGGCUGUGGAUCCGAGCAGCCAACCCCAGGAGCUUCCGGCAAAGAAAGAGCCUGCGGAACUUGCAUAA